CUUGGUGGGAGAGAUGAAAUCUGACUUGGAACAGCCAUGCUUUAUAUUGAGGAAAUUAUGAGAUUCAUUGAGAAGGAAAAUUAAUUAUUGACCAAGGACGAUGUCUUUAUUUCUCAGUAACUUCUCAACCAAUGACUCUAGCCUGUGGAUAGAAAACCAUAAUUCCACGGACCUUUUAAAUCCACCAGGAACUCUGGAUAUCUAUCUUUUUUGCCUGACGUGUUUGAUUACUCUCGCAGCCCUGGCGGGCGGCAUUUAUUCACUAGUUUCCCUGCUGAAAAUGCAGAACAGAACUGUGGUGUCCAUGCUCGUGGCUUCCUGGUCUGUGGAUGAUCUCCUGAGCGUCCUGUCGGUGACCAUCUUCAUGUUUUUGCAGUGGCCAAAAGAGGUCCCUGGUAACUUCCAGACUCUGUGCACCGUCUCUGCCUUACUGUAUUUAUGCCAGGGCCUCUCCAGCAACUUGAAGGCGACUCUCCUGGUCUUGUACAACUUUUACACGAUGCACAGAGCUGUGGGGAGCCAGACAGCGUCCAGAAGAGCCGGCCAGGUGCUCGGCGCGGCGCUGUCGGUGUGGGCUGCCAGCCUGCUGCUCUCCGCGCUCCCGCUGUGCGGCUGGGGCGCCUUCGUGCGCACGCCCUGGGGCUGCCGGGCAGACUGCUCCAGCUCCUACGUGCUGCUGCUCUUCGCCGUGUACGCUGCGGCUUUCGGACUCCUCGCCGGCUUCUCUGUUCCUCUCAUUCUUCGGUUGCUGUGUUCCGAGGAGCCGCUGCGACUCCACGCCAACUAUCAGGAAAUUUCCCGUGGAGCUUCCACCCCCGGGACCCCUCCUACCGCGGGGAGAGUGCUUUCCCCGUCCCCAGAGGAUGCUCCGGGCGCGGCUCUGCGAUGCUCCGGGGGAUGUUCCCCGAGCUCCGAGUCUGUGUUCGGACCCGGUGCGCCCGCUGCCGCCGGAGCUGGAGCCUGCAGGCGGGAGAACAGGGUGACUCCCUUUGGCUCCAGGAGCUUCACCAUCAGUGUAGCACAGAAGCGGUUCGCUUUGAUCCUAGCGCUGACAAAAGUCACCCUCUGGCUGCCUAUGAUGAUUCACAUGGUGGUCCAGCACGUGGUGAGAGCUCAGAGCCUUCCCUUCGAGACACUCAGCUUCCUGCUCAGCCUGCUGGCCACCACUGUGACCCCAGUGUUUGUCUUGUCCAAACGCUGGGCCCACUUGCCCUGUGGCUGCGUCAUCAACUGCAGACAGAACGCAGGCGCGGUGGCAUCCGAUGGGACAAGAACCAAGAGAAGAGGCUUUGAAUUCAAUCUGUCUUUCCAACAAAGUUAUGGGAUUUAUAAAAUAGCCCAUGAAGAUUACUAUGAUGAAGAUGAAAACUCUAUAUCCUAUCACAAUCUGACGAACUAUGAGUGUGAAGCCACCAAGGACUCUCAGAGAGACAACCGUAAUGUCUUCAGUGCCAUCAAAGUGGAAAUCAGCACCACUGCCUCUUUGGACAGCGCCGCAAUAAAAGGCAUCAACAAAUACACGAAUACUGAGAUUACAGAGGCUCAGCAGGAUUCUGACAAAGAAAAGGGUGUGUUUUCUGACAAAACAGGAGGUGAUGCUGACUACGAAGAAACCACCGUUUUUGAAGGUCCAGAAAGGAGACUGUCUCAUGAGGAGAGUCAGAAACCAGACCUUUCAGACUGGGAGUGGUGUAGGAGUAAAUCAGAAAGAACCCCACGGCAGCGUUCCGGUGGUGCCCUUGCCAUCCCUCUGUGCGCGUUCCAGGGCACCGUGUCUCUGCACGCACCGACAGGGAAAACCCUCUCUCUUUCCACCUACGAGGUAAGCACAGAAGGGCAAAAAAUAACCCCAGCCUCCAAGAAGAUAGAAGUCUACCGAUCCAAAAGUGUUGGCCACGAACCAGACUCAGAGGAUUCUCCCUCCGCAUUUGCGGACACCAGUGUGAAAAUACACUUGGAGGUUCUUGAAAUUUGUGAUAACGAAGAGGCCUUGGACACCGUGUCGAUCAUCAGUAACAUCAGCCAGUCCUCCACCCAAGUCAGAUCUCCGUCCCUGCGCUACUCACGGAAGGAAAACAGAUUUGUUUCUUGUGAUCUGGGCGAAACAGCCUCCUACUCCCUCUUUUUACCCACAAGUAAUCCUGAUGGUGAUCUUAACAUUUCCAUUCCAGACACGGUGGAGGCCCACAGGCAGAACAGUAAGAGGCAGCAUCAGGAGGACGGCUACCAGGAGGAAAUCCAGUUGUUAAAUAAAGCUUACAGGAAAAGAGAGGAAGAAAGCAAGGUAGUUAGUGAUCACUUGGUCUAA